AGCGGACGCGAUCGCGCGCAGACACUAUUAUAUUCAUAUACGCGUGUGUGUGUGUGUGUGUGUGUGUGACGAGAUAUAAACCCGGUGUGUCGUUUCGAGUAUAAAUGAAGAAUUAGAGGAAGAAGAAGAAGAAGAAGAAAAAAUUAAUAAUAAUUACGCCGGUGCACACUUAGAAGAGACUGGGUGUCCGGUGAUUCGGAUUACCUUGGCGCGUGUGCGCGAUUUCGUAUCGUCGUGCUAUAUACAUACACGUAAACAUGUAAAAUGUGUAUCGAGUUACCGAGAGCCGAUAUACGCAGAUCGUGAUACACGCUGGCCGCACACAUGAGCGUCGUCGUGGCUUGGGCAAGAUCGAUCGUCGAUCGAUCGAUCGAUCGACACACGGACUUCUUCUUUUCGUCAACGUCGUCGUCGUCGUCGUCCGGGACUCGUUCUUCAACUGCCGCCGCCGCCGCCGCUGUGACAACGAAUUAUACACACGAGAGUGAGCAUGGAGCGAUCGAAGUCGAUCCGGCGGAACUUUAUUGUUGAAAGCGUGCCGAUUUUACGGGGGUGAAUCGAGAUACGAAAAUUGACAUUUUUUUUUCACGAUACACAAAAAAGUGCGAGCGAGUGAUCCAGUAUAUAUAAAAGAAAAGAAAGGCGAUUGUACAUAGUUAUUAUAAACACGUAUUAUAUAAAAAGAAGCUCUUUCGACGAGAAAGAAGAGCCAUGGACGGACUCGUUGGACUGUUCCUCGUUUGCGGGGUCAUUUACUAUUUUCUUGGUAGAAGAGCCACCGACAUGGUGGACGUCAUACAGAAUCGGUUGACCGAGGUCUACAGCAGCUGGGAUGGGAACUCCGAACGGGACAACGCCAAUGCCCGGACGCUCUCGACGACAGAAUUGCGUCGAGCCGGACUGGCGAUGAGAAAUCGCGCGGCCAAGAGCAAGGAGAUCGCCCGCGCCGUCAGGAGCAGCUCGCUCUACCAGAUCAAGGAGACGGAGAUCACGGUGCCGGACCCGGCCAAGAACUCCAGCUUCGUGUAUUACUGCUGCGGCAGGUGCACGCCCCAAUCCAGGGACUCGCUCGCGGCCCAGGCGGCCAAGCAGAGCCAAAAGAGCAGCAUAACGAAUCUGCUGAUCGCCGAUCCGCAGCCGAAGAACAUCUGGUCGAAGCUGUUCUCGCACACCUAUCACGUGUACAGCUUCAAGAAGUACGACUAUCCCAAAGUCACGCGCACCGUACUGAACGACGAGCGCAUCAAGGAUGCCAUCAAAGAGACGGCCGUGGAAACGGCCCGCGAGACCGGCUGCAGCGAGGACGAGGCGAUGCGCCAGAGCGAGGCCCGCGCCAAGUCCAUCCUCGAGCGCAUGCAGUCCGGCCUCAGUGACCUCAUGCUGCGCUUCACCGCCUGGACCCUCUACAAACUCCUGCCCUGCUUCAUCAGAUCGGCCGCCAUACAGACGCGCCACCUGGACAUGCUUCGCCAGGCCAACGACACGCAGAUACCCCUGGUCUUCAUGCCGCUGCAUCGCAGCCAUCUCGACUACGUGAUGAUCAGCUUUCUCACGCUGACCAACGGCAUUAGGUCGCCCCUCGUAGCGGCGGGCGACAAUCUUCGCAUACCGCUGUUCGGCUGGCUCAUGAGCGGCCUCGGCGCCUUCUUCAUCAAGCGACGCAUGGACCCCGUGGCGGGUCGUCGCGAUCUCAUCUAUCGCGCCACCCUCCAGACCUACAUAAUGGAGUGUCUGCGCGCCGGCCACAAUCUCGAGUUCUUCAUCGAGGGCGGUAGAUCGCGCACCGGCAAACCCUGCCCGCCCAAGGGCGGCAUACUCAGCGUCGUCGUGGACGCCUUCAUGGACGGCACCAUCGAGGACGCCCUCCUCGUGCCCGUCUCCAUGAAUUACGAGCGCCUCGUGGACGGCAACUUCGUGCGCGAACAGCUGGGUCAGCCCAAGAAGAUGGAGACGUUCGGCUCGACGAUUCGGGCCAUGUGGAACACGCUGCGCGGCAGCUACGGCAUCGUCAAGCUCGAGGUCUGCCAGCCGUUCUCGCUGCGCGAGAUGGUCAGGUACUUCCAGCUGGCCCAGCAGACCAAGGCCAUCUGCAGCCCCGCCGACAGACAGCUGAAGGUGACGGCCUCGUCGUCGUCGCUCUACGGCACCGACUGCGUGAGCGAGGAUCUGCGCCUGCUGGUCGACAAGAUCGGCCAGCACGUGGUGUACGACUGCUCCAAGUCGACCCCCAUCAUGUCGACCAACGUCGUUGCCUUUCUGCUACUGAACAAAUUCCGCGACGGCUGCAGUAUGGUGCAGCUGGUCGAGGCCGUGGACAGUCUCAGGGCCGAGCUGAGGAACGCGCAGCGCGACGUCGCGUUCUGCGGCGAGUCCAUCGACAUAGUCAAUCACGCCCUGGACAUCUUGGGCCCGGGCCUGGUCAAGAUGGAGCGCCAAGAGGUCACCGACACGGUCAACGGCCGACUUGUGAAGAAACAGGCCGUCGUUCAGGUGCGACCCAUCGCCAUCCUGCCCAAUGUCAUCGAGACUGCCUACUACGGCAACACCCUGCUCGUCCACUACUGCAUGGACAGCGUGGUGAUCACCGCGCUCUACGCCGCUCUGCGCACCCAGAUCAACUCGCCGCAGGCCAUCGCCGCCAACAAUCUCGUGGUGACGCACGAAGAGCUGAUGGAGAACGCUCUGGCCAUCUGUGAUAUACUCAAGCACGAGUUCAUAUUCUGCAGGCCCUGCCAGACCCUGGAGGACUGCAUAAAUCAGGCGGUGGACCGCGUGAAGGCCGAGGGUAUCAUCGCGGUGCCGAGCGAGGGCCUGUUGGAGGAGGAGAUCUGGAGCCGGAGAUUCGCCAAGACCCUGGAGUGCGAGUCCGAGGAGGAGGAGGAAUUCAACGCCAAGAAGAUACGCUAUAAGCUUCGUCUGGAAAGCGAAUACUCCAACAGGAUGGAGUUCCUGCACACGCUGCUGCGACCUCUCAUAGACACGUACACCUUCUCGGCCUACAGCUUGAGAAAACUGGUCGGACGAUCCAUGGCGGAACGCGAGCUAGUGCAAGAAAUACUUAGUGAAAUCAAAUCAAAUAUAGAUACAGGAAUUGUCAAUUAUGGUGAAAGUUUGUGCGUGGAUCCAAUUAAGAACUCGCUCAAGCUGUUCGAGAAGAAGAACAUUUUGGAGUGUCACGUGCAAGAGAACGCAAAGAUUUACUAUUUGAAGGAUGAAUUUGACGACGAAGAGGCGGUCAAUCAGAUUUACGAGACUCUGGCGACCUUCAAAUGGACCAGAAACAUUGACUAAAGUGCAACAAAACAAAAAAAAAAAAACAGACAACUUUGUGAAUAUUCGUUCUUAAUGGUUCCUAAAGAAAUCCAUGAGAAAAAUGCUGGACAU